GAUAUGGACGAGAAUCAGUGCAGCGUCGUGGAGGGUUCCAUAGUCAUCGUCUGGACGCACUCGAAGACGGAAGAAGGCUGGACGUACAUCGAGGUGGAGAAGGACGGGGUCACGACGCCAGGUUGGUUGCCAGCAUUCUGUUUGGAGUGGAGCGAGAGCUGA